GGCCUGGCGGCGUUCGCUGCCGGCCUCGGGAAGCGCCUCGCGGACGAGACCGCCGACAGCAACCUGAUCCUCCGCGUCCUGGGCGCGCCGUCCCGCGGCGGGCUCGAGGAUUUCGUGUCCCUCAUGGCCGAGGGCGCGCUCAGUGACCAGUCGGGCGCCGGCGGGCCGUGCGUCGCGUUCGCCUGCGGCGUCUGGAGCGACCUCUCGCGCGCGCUGAAGCCCGCCUACCGCGCCGCCGUCGCGGGCACGUGCAACAACCAGGCGGAGGCCCGCGCCGUCGACUUCCGCGGCGACCCAGCUGGUUCACGGGCCCAGAUCAACAAGUGGGCCGCGCGGGCCACGCGAGGCCUGAUCGACUCCGUCCUUGGGCCCGGAUCCAUCACGCCGCUCACCCGCGUCGUGCUCGGCAACGCCGUGUACUCCAAGGGCAAGUGGGAGAAGCCCUUCCAGGAGAAGUGGACCACGAAGGAGCCCUUCUACCGGCUCGACGGAAGCAACGUCGAGACGCCCUUCAUGCAGAGCGGGUCCUCCCAGUACAUCGCCGUGCACCACGGCUUCAAGGUGCUCAAACUCCGGUACAAGAUGGCAAAGGCAACGCGAACUGGUUCGCGUGGAAAGAAAGCGCCGUCCGGCCAUCGUAUCAAGAGUACACUGUUCUCUAUGUGCAUCUUCCUCCCGGAUGACAAGGACGGCUUGCGUAACCUGGUCGGCAUGGUAGAGUCCCAGCCUGGCUUCCGACACAAGCACCUGCCGAAGGAGAAGGUCUACGUCAACGAGUUCCGGGUGCCCAAGUUCAAGUUGUCCUUCCACAGCAGCGUCGUCGUCGUGCUCAAGAAGCUGGGACUUGAACUGCCGUUCGGCGACCGAGCCGAUCUGUCCGAGAUGGUGGAGGACGAUGGCUCUGGCUUGCUGAUGGUGCAGAGCGACGUCGUCCACAAGGCGGUCAUCGAGGUAAACGAGGAAGGCACCGAAGCUGCGGCCGUCUCAUGGUUAAAUUUUGAAGUUGCAUGUGCGCCACGCCCGCGUUCCCCGCCUCCGCGAGUUGAUUUUGUGGCCGAUCAUCCCUUUGCGUACUUCAUAGUGGAGGAGACGACCGGCGCCGUUGUCUUUGCGGGGCACGUCCUCGACCCCGAGAGAGAGACAUAA